CACACGCUUGCUUUCCCUCGCUUUUCUGUUUCUCUCUCACUCAUGUCACCUGUUCACAACUCACAUCAUCACAUCAUGUUGUUUUAUGACAGAGGAAAAAAAAAAGCUGAGACACCAUGGCCUUCCGUCGUAGCCUGACCCUGUUCGCUCAGGAGGAGAGUGGUUUCAUGGCCGCCCUCGGCCGUUGGGCCCGUAACGCCUCCGGCUACCGCAAAUACGGUCUCUUUGCUGAUGACCUGAUUCGUGAGGAGAUGCCUGGCGUGCGUGAGGCCAUUUCUCGCCUUCCCCGUGAGGAGCAGGACCUGCGCUACUUCCGCCUCAAGAGGGCGCUUCAGCUCUCUGUUCAACACAAGUACCUCCCCAAGGAGGAGUGGACCACAGACGAGACUGAGCGCUACUACCUGACGCCCAUCAUCAAGCAGGUGGAGCAGGAGCUCAAGGAGAAGGAGGAGUUUGACUUCAAGCUGUAA